ACACACGGGAGCUGCAGCUUUUGCACUUCUGGGUCCUCUUGGGAAUCUACCUGGCUGCCCUCCUGGCUAAUGGUCUCAUCAUCAUCACUGUAGCCUGUGACCACCAUCUCCACACCCCCAUGUACUUCUUCCUCCUCAGUCUCUCCCUCCUUGACCUGGGCUCCAUCUCCACCACUGUCCCCAAAAACAUGGCCAAUUUCCUGUGGGACACCAGGGACAUUUCCUACGCAGGAUGUACUGCACAGGUCUUACUGCUUUUCCUCUUGCUUUGGAGCAGAAUUUGCUCGUCUCAUUGUCACGUCUGCCACGGCAAUGCCCUGGACCAGUUCUUCUGUGAAAUCCCCCAGAUCCUCAAGCUCUCCUGCUCACACUCCUACCUCAGGGAAGUUGGGCUUCUUCUGGUUGGUGCCUGUUUAGCAUUUGGGUGUUUUAUGUUCAUUGUGGUGUCGUAUGUGCAGAUCUUCAGGGCCGUGCUGAGGAUCCCCUCUGAGCAGGGACGGCACAAAGCCUUUUCCACGUGCCUCCCUCACCUGGCCGUGGUCUCCCUGUUUCUCAGCACGGCCAUCUUUGCCCACCUGAAGCCCCCCUCCAUCUCCUCUCCAGUUCUAGACCUAGUGGUUGCAGGGCUGUACUCAGUGGUUCCUCCAGUAGUGAAUCCUCUCAUCUACAGCAUGAGGAACCAGGAACUCAAGGAUGCCCUACGGAAACUGAUGGGCCAGUGCCUGAAGAUAGCGCUCUUCCAUCAAUGCUGCUUCCAAGAAAAUGUCCAAGGAAUUGGUCUUUUAAACA